UUGAGUGCAGCCCAGCGGUUUAAUAAGCGCUAUGGAUCUUACUGUCUGAUUACUAGCUGUAAAUCUAGUUGUACUUCAAGUGUGAGCAAGAUGGCAACUGGCAUACAGGAUCAACAAGAUAUGAUGAGAAGGGUUCCCAAACCUCUUAUGGAGAAACGAAGGAGAGACCGUAUUAACCACAGUCUGGAAACAUUGAGGCUUCUCUUGCUGGAGAGCACAUGUAAUGAGAAACUAAAGAAUCCCAAAGUGGAAAAGGCUGAAAUCCUGGAGAGUGUUGUGAAUUUCCUGAGGGCUGAGCAACGACUGGGAUCCAAUCGUCACCCAUAUCAAAUUAAAAGAGGAAAGAGGGCACACACAGAUUACGAGGAUGAGGUGGGAUCCCCUUGCAAGCGACAACAGAACUUCCAAGACGGGAUGAGAACCUGUCUACUCAGAGUCAGUAAUUUCAUCGCAAGCAAGAGCCAAGGGGAGUCAGGAGAUGCUUUGGAAAACAUGCGUCAGAAGUUGCAGCAGAACAUUCAUGAUCAUUCCAGUCAGAGUCAUCUGAUGUCUACAAGCCAGCUUCACCAUGGAUCCCCAAGGCACCUUAAACGCGAUUCCACACCAGAAAUCACCACACCAGGACAGUGGUCAUUUACUCAAGGGGAGUCACCAGGUCUCUGCAAAGUAUUGGGUCAGCCCCAGCUUUCUCAAAGAACUGUCAUGUAUGAACCUACACAUCAGAUGAGCCCCAGCACCAAACAGCCUUUGAUUGUCAACGAUUUGGUGUGGAGGCCCUGGCCACAGUAGAGACAUUGGUGGCACAUUGCAGUGAAUUGUGGAGGGGUCAGAAAGAUUGAAAGAUGAAUUAUCAUCAGCCAUGACAAUGCAAAUGAAUCUAUUGACCCUGGAGCAAAAUGGCCAACCAAAGACUAUAAAAUGUGCAGCAUAUGUAAAUAUGUCCAUUUUGUACAUACAUACUGAAAUCUUUAUUUUGAUAUAAAACAGCAAUGCCAAAAAUGUAUUGUGCUCUUAUGCACACACAUACCUUGUAUGGAGAUGUAUAUGUUUUUGAAGAAAAGUACUUUUUAGCAUUUUUUAUAGACCUUACACAUUUUUGUAAGGAGACAUUUAGCAGGAGCCACAUUUGCAGGUAGCAUGUGAAGCUGUAUGGUGUUUGUAUGUUUUUUAUCUGAACCAGACAGCUCUGCAAGCAAACUGCCUAACACUUAAAUGUUUACUUUAUUAAGUGCUAGGAACACUUAUAUGCAUGCCAGUGCACAUGCUUGUACUUAAUCUGUUACUUUUUAUCUUUUUUAUGUGCUGAACAAUUCUUGUAAAAUGUUUGGUUCCAUGCAGCCCAUUGUACGUUCUGCAAACAAUGUUUUUUUCUACAUUGACAGAAUAAACUUGAGGGAAUAUA